AUGGCAAACUUUUUCUGCAAAGUCCUGUCAAAGAUCAUGGUUGAGAGGUUAUCUUGCCUUCUUCCUCGUUUGGUGUCAAAUGAGCAAGGGGUGUUCCAAAAAGGUAAGAUUAUCUCAUCAAAUAUUGGAUUAGCCUCUGAGCUUGCUAAUUUAUUACAUACAUCUGUCAGAGGGGGUGGCAUGGGUAUUAAGAUUGACGUGCAGAAGGCCUAUGACACAUUUUCAUGGGAUUUUCUUUUUGCGGUCUUGAAACGAUUCGGCUUCUCGGAUGUGUGGUUUGCUUGGAUUCAUGAAAUCUUGGUUUCUUCUAGAAUUUUAGUGUUAUUGAAUGGUGGUCCGGUGGGUUUCUUUGGAGUUGAGAAAGAAGAAGUGCUGUGCAGGGGGCUAAAUGGUCUAUUAAAGGAAGGAAAACUAAAGGCGCUUCCUGGUCCUAGAGGUGCUACUGCUCCCAGUCAUCUAAUUUUUGCGGAUGACAUUUUUAUCUUCAUGAACGCCGGAGAAAGACAUGUUCAAUGUCUGAGAGAGUUCCUGCUUAAAUACCAAGAAUUUUCUGGCCAAAGAUUCAGCUUGGAGAAGAGCAAGGGAUGGCAAGGCAAACUCCUUUCAAUGGCUGGUCAUGCAGAGCUCAUUCGGUUUGUGAUCUUAGGUAUGCCUAUUCAUAAUUUUUCCAUUUAUUGGUGGCCUGAAUCGGUGAUUAAAACGGUGGAGCGCUGGAUUAGGAAUUUCCUAUGGUCAGGGGAUAUUUACACAGUGAAGAAAAUCACUAUGAAAUGGGAAGAGGUAUGCCGGCCUAAGGAGGAAGGGGGUUUAGGUAUCAGGCAAUUGAGGGAUGUCAACUGUGCGGUGCUUAGCAAACUAGUGUGGCAAAUAAAGCAUGAAGGAUCUGCUUUUAGUUCCUUCUUGUGGGCUAGAUUUGUGAAUGAAGGUGGAGACCUCAAGAAGGGUUAUAGAGCAUCUUCGGUGUUUAAAGGAAUUGCGAAGAUGUGGAACUUUGUAUCUCUAUCUGAGCGUUGGAUGGAGGAUGAUUUUUCAGCGCAUGUUUCAUGGUGGACUCAAAAAUCCAAAGCCAUUGGACUGUCUCAAAUGUGGAUGGCAGGUUUGAUUAUUGUUCCAUACUUUAUUUGGAUGGAAAGGAAUUCAAGGAGAUUUAGGGGUCUGCAUCGAUCUUAUGGUCAAGUCUUUCAUACAAUAAUGGAGGAGAUUAGAAGACGUGGCCCAGGAAAAAGUGAUAGAAUUAAAUCUCGACUAGAUUCUGAGAGAUGCUUGAAGCUUAAUAUGGAGGUUCCAAGAAGGAAGAUUAAAGGGGUGCGAGAAAUUUUCUGGCUGCCUCCGAUGGAUGGUUGGUGGAAGCUAAAUUGUGAUGGCUCGUCCUUGGGUAAUCCAGGGAAUGCAGGAGCAGGUGGCAUUAUAAAGGGACAGUAA